GCUCUUGCUCCUGCCAUUAGGUCUCCACCUCCACUAUUGACCCAGAGUAACUGCCGUCUGCAGGCCUUGAGCUGCAACUAAGAGUCUGGAAGUGAAACAUCCGUUUGAGAUUCUGAGAUUUAGUUUAUGCUCACCAGACUAACAAAUCGAUAUCCCUUCAGGAAGACUCUUUCAAGAAACAACAAAACGACGGUCUUGUAGUCUCAACCAGACGGCUGUUGGUAUUGUGCAUGGUUAUGGUUCCGACCACACCUUGCGUCAAACGCAGGAAAGGCUGGCUACGAAAGCAUAAGACAGACGGCAAUAGCACCACCGGUGCACUUUCACAUGGUGCAGGCAUCAGCAACUCAGCACGUGAAAUCAGCAUGUACUUGAAGGCCCUGCUCCUGACCGUUCUACUCGGGAUUCUCCUCUAUUCUCUUUGUGAGAGUAAGUCUCAUCACCGUCGUAAGAAACUCGACGGCAAACGGGCGAGUAAUGCACAAGAGGCGGUCGAUUUGGAUGCGGAGGGUUCCGCAACUAUGGACGAGAGCGGUUGCCUGCCGAGGGUGUCCAUCGCGCGUAUUUGCAAGAGGGAGGCAUUCUACGUUAAUCUGACCGAUCUGCUUGGCGUGGAGGUGAUUUCUCCGCCGGGUCUGGUCGACAUCGGAGUUUGCGUUGGAGAAUGCAGACCGGAAGUGAUCGGGAAAGAUCGACAGCUGCCGCCGUAUAACAACUUAUUUCGUACUCGUGCGGUAAUACGAGAGGAGAAAAGGGGACAGGGAUUCUGUGUUCCGGACGUUUUGUCUUCACUGCCGUAUUACGCGCGCGAGAGCCAGUGUGGUGUUCAUGCCGUCCAACAUCUUGCAGACACUGUAGUCCAACGAUGUAGUUGUGUACUGUAGCUGUUGAUCUUGUCUUGCUGUCUGUUUGUUCUUUUCGAAAAAGGGCCUAGGAAUAACGCCUUUUACGCUCAAGAAACUGCAAUAACGUGUUUUUCUCAAUAGAUUUGAGUUUGUAGAGUGAACUUUUAGGUAUUUAUUGAUAUUAGUGUGGAGACUGCUUGCCGUCGUUAUCUAGUUUAUAUUGGUAUGGAGACUGAAGAUAUCUAAACUGGUAGUGAUUGCGUUGCUUGAUAUUGAUUAAUGAGGU